UGGGAAGUGCUGCCUUGUGAGCGGCGCCGGCGGCGGCGGCCUAGGUGCCUCCAAGACAUCGCGGUGGAGUUAUGUGACUGACCCGAGAGAGGAGAAUUCAGAACAGGAGAGAUAAAUUGGGGAGCCAUCCACACGGACACGGUUGUCCAAACCAUGAAAGUGACUGCGACCCCGAAGGGAGCAAAUGUUGAGUGAGAAGAGAAGGGCUGUGAAGAAAUCUCACAUUUAGAGGUGACCUUGUGUAGGGCGAACAAUGGAUUCUCUGGAUCACAUGCUGACAGACCCCCUGGAGCUGGGUCCCUGUGGAGAUGGCCACGGUACCCGGAUUAUGGAGGACUGCAUGUUGGGAGGCACCAGAGUUAGCUUGCCAGAAGAUCUGCUGGAGGAUCCUGAGAUCUUCUUCGACGUCGUCAGCCUUUCGACCUGGCAGGAGGUGCUGAGCGACUCACAGCGGGAACACCUGCAGCAGUUCCUGCCUCGCUUCCCCGAAGGCAGCGUUGAGCAGCACGACCAGCUCAUCUCAGCCCUGUUCAGUGGGGAGAACUUCCGUUUCGGGAAUCCCCUGCACAUUGCCCAGAAGCUCUUUCGAGAUGGACACUUUAACCCUGAGGUGGUAAAGUACCGGCAGCUAUGCUUCAAGUCUCAGUACAAGCGCUACCUGAACACUCAGCAGCAGUACUUUCACCGACUGCUGAAGCAAAUUCUCGCCUCGCGCAGCAAUCUCUUGGAGAUGGCUCGGAGGAGCGGCCCUGCCCUGCCUCCAAGACGGAAACGGCCCUCCCUGUCCUGCACUCCCGAGGAGCGGGAACGACGUACCCAGCAGCGUUAUCUCAAAGUCCUGCGGGAAGUGAAAGAGGAGUGUGGAGACAGCACCUUGUCCUCAGAUGAAGAGGAUCUCAGCUCAUGGCCUCCCAGCUCUCCGGCUCGCUCCCCUAGCCCUGCGGUGCCCCUGAGGGUGGUGCCCACCUUGUCGACAUUGGACAUGAAAACAGCAGAUAAGAUAGAGCUGGGGGACAAUGACCUGAAGAUAAUGCUGAAGAAGCACCAUGAGAAGCGGAAACACCAACCAGAUCACCCCGACCUUUUAACAGGGGACCUGACGCUGAAUGACAUCAUGACCCGAGUCAAUGCCGGAAGGAAGGGCUCCUUAGCAGCCCUGUUUGACAUGGCCAUCCUUAAGAAGAAGGUGAAAGAGAAGGAAGAGAAGAAGAAGAAGAAGCUGAAAGUGAUCAAGUCAGAGGUGGAGGAUCUGGCUGAGCCUCUGAGCAACGCAGAUGGGAUCCCAUCCCUGUCUCAGGCCCCAUCCCCUCUGCCAAUACCUGCCAUCAAGGAAGAACCCCUGGAAGAUCUCAAGCCCUGCCUUGGAAUCAAUGAAAUUUCUUCCAGUUUUUUCUGCCUCCUCUUGGAGAUUCUGCUCCUGGAGGGACAAGCUAGUCUCCCCAUGCUGGAGGAGCGCAUCCUGGAUUGGCAGUCAUCUCCCGCCAGCACCCUCAACAGCUGGUUCUCCUCAGCAUCCAAUUGGGCAGAGCUGGUGUUACCUGCCCUGCAGUACCUCACUGGAGACAGCCAAGCCAUCCCUUCCAGCUUCUCUCCGUUUGUCGAGUUCAAGGAGAAAACCCAGCAGUGGAAGUUGCUCGGCUCAUACCACGACAACGAGAAGGAGUUAACUGCACUCUUCCAGCUGUGGCUGGAGACUAAAGAUCAGACCUUUUGCAAGGAAAACGAAGACAGCUUGGACGCCACGACACCAGUUUCCCGGGUAAGGACUGACUACGUGGUCCGGCCAAGCACAGGGGAAGAGAAACGAGUGUUCCAGGAGCAGGAGCGCUUCCGCUACAGCCAACCUCACAAGGCUUUCACCUUCCGCCUGCACGGCUUUGAGUCCGUGGUGGGGCCCGUCAAGGGCGUGUUCGACAAGGAGACUUCCCUCAAUAAAGCGCGGGAGCACUCCCUGCUGCGCUCUGACCGGCCUGCGUACGUCACCAUCCUGUCCCUCGUAAGGGAUGCUGCGGCCCGGCUUCCCAAUGGAGAGGGCACCCGGGCUGAGAUCUGCGAGCUGCUCAAGGACUCCCAGUUCCUCGCCCCAGAUGUCACAAGUACCCAGGUGAACACAGUGGUGAGUGGUGCUCUGGAUCGGCUGCACUAUGAGAAAGACCCGUGUGUCAAGUACGACAUCGGGCGCAAGCUAUGGAUCUACUUGCACCGGAAAAGGAGCGAGGAAGAGUUUGAGCGGAUUCACCAGGCCCAGGCAGUUGCAGCCAAAGCUCGGAAAGCCCUUCAGCAAAAACCCAAGCCCCCAGCCAAAUUGAAGUCCAGCAGCAAGGAAAGCUCAGUGAAAGUCCUCAGCAGCGGCACCUCAGAGCAGAGCCAGCUGAGCCUCAGCGACUCCAGCAUGCCACCCACGCCGGUCACCCCCGUGACCCCCACCACCCCGGCCCUGCCAGCUACUCCCAUCUCUCCUCCGCCGAUGGCAGGAAUCAGCAAGAGCACUUCCGGUGUCGGCCCCGAACCGGCUAAACCCAGCCCAAGCGUUCUCCUGGUGUCCUCCCCGACCGUGCCUCAACUGGGAACGUUGCUCUCCUCGACGACUCCCAGCAGCCAGGCUCCCCCGACCUCUCAGUCUGCUGCCCGGGUGGUGAGCCACUCCGGUCCGUCCGGACUCCCCCAAGUUCGGGUGGUGACCCAGUCCAGUCUGCCCAGCGUCUCCCAGCAGCCCACGGGGGCAGCACAGCCAUUGCCUCAGAUGCCGGUGGGGCCGCAGAUCCGGGUGCCAGCCACCGCCACACAAACCAAAGUGGUCCCUCAGGCGGUGAUGGCGACGGUUCCGGGGAAGACCCAGACCUCCACGGCCCAGGUGCUGCAGCGACCAGCGGUGGGCCAGACAGGUCUCACUGUGACAAGUCUCCCCCCUGCCACGGCCACCUCCACCAGCAAACCAGCCACCAGUUCCCCGGGCAGCUCAGCCCCAACUUCCUCUGCCGCCACCGUCAUCCAGAACGUCACCGGACAGAACAUCAUCAAGCAGGUGGCCAUCACCGGGCAGCUGGGGGUGAAGCCCCAGGCUGGCAGUGGCAUUCCACUCACGGCCACUAACUUCUGCAUCCAAGGCAAAGAUGUAUUGCGCCUGCCACCCUCCUCCAUCACCACCGACGCCAAGGGCCAGACGGUGUUGCGCAUCACCCCGGACAUGAUGGCCACCUUGACCAAAUCCCAGGUUACCACGGUCAAACUGACCCAGGACCUCUUUGGGGCCAGAAGUGGCACAACAGGCAAAGGGAUCUCUGCUACCCUCCACGUUACCUCCAACCCGGUUCAUGCUGCCGACGCCACGGCCAAGGCCACUUCCAUCAGUGCCCCGUCAUCCAGCCCGGCAGGCACCACGGUGGUCAAAGUGACCCCUGACCUCAAAGCCACUGAAACCUCAGGUUCAGCUUUCCGCUUGAUGCCUGCCCUCGGUGUGAGUGUGGCAGACCAGAAAGGCAAAACCACCGUACCUUCUAGCGAGGCCAAACCAGCUGCCACCAUCCGCAUAGUGCAGGGGCUGGGAGUCAUGCCCCCCAAGGCGGGCCAGACCAUCACCGUCGCCACCCAUGCCAAGCAAGGGGUGGCGGCGGCCAGCGGGGCGGGGGCGGUCCACACCUCGGCGGUGUCCCUGCCCAGCAUGAGCGCAGCCGUGUCAAAAGCUGUGGCAGUUGCUUCCGGGGCGGCGGGUACCCCCAUCAGCAUUGGGACUGGAGCGACCACCGUCCGCCAAGUGCCUGUCAGCACCACAGUCGUGUCCACCUCCCAGGCAGGAAAGCUGCCAGCACGGAUUACGGUGCCGCUGUCAGUCAUCAGCCAGCCCAUGAAGGGCAAGAGCGUCGUCACGGCCCCUCUUAUCAAAGGCAACCUCGGAGCCAACAUCAGUGGAUUGGGUCGCAACAUCAUCCUCACCACCAUGCCAGCGGGCACCAAGCUGAUUGCCGGGAACAAACCCGUCAGCUUCCUCACUGCCCAGCAGCUGCAGCAGCUCCAGCAGCAAGGCCAGGCCACCCAGGUGCGGAUCCAGACGGUCCCAGCCUCCCACCUGCAACAGGGAACGGGUUCCGGAGCUUCCAAGGCCGUCUCCACUGUCGUCGUUACCACCACCCCAUCCCCCAAGCAGGCGUCAGACCAGCAGUGAGCCCACCAGUGGGGAGAAAACAGAUGACUUUCCAACAGCUGCUCCCAGCUGGUCCUCCCCACUCCAAGGGGACGGGAGUCGGGUCACACUCACCGGGCCCUGCGGCUCCAGGAGGGACAGGCCAGUGGUGGGGGGUGGGGCGUGGGGACGGGGAGAGCAGUCAACCAGGUUCUGCAGCCUGGCGGACUGGGAGAAAAUGCAGAGAUGGCACCCGACUCACUCCGGCAUUCACGGGUCAGCUCCCAACUAGCCUAGAGCCUAGAGUCUCUGGUAGAGUGGGACACGGCCUAAGUCCCACUGAACAAGCCAAAGUUCCCCCCUCCUCCGUGGGUGUGGACCGAGUUUGCAUAGGAGGGGAUCCCCAGGAGAGGCCUCUGGGAGCCAAGCCUCAUCCUGUGUAGGGUGGUGGCUAGCGGUUUCUAGCCUUCAGUUACGUUCCACCGGUCCUUUCUACCCCCGGUCAGCCGGAGAUGAGCUCUAGGCUUUGGAUGACGUCGUGUGUCCAGACGGAGAAUUUUAUAUAACUUAUUGUUGGUUUUUAUUAUUAUUAUUAAAUAAAUCAUAUUGCACUUCUGCCUCAACCAGAAACUUGGGCUUGCACCCCUAAACAGCGCAUUCUCUUCAGCCCCAAGUGGGGGCAUUAGUAGGCCUUUCAGCAGUAAGCUCAGUUGGGGCCAGCCUUCAGGGUACCAGGAUUAAAGGGGGAGGAGCCGAGCAAAUUCCAAGGAACAAGGAGAUGAAGAAGGUUGGAAUUUUCUGGAAGGGAAAUAGGCUCGUUGUGGACAGCAGAGCAAACUCCAAGGAAUCAGGAGAUGAGGAAGGUUGGAUUUUCUGGAAGGGAAAAAAAGCUCAACUGGAGAGGGAUAAACUCGUUGUGUUGUACUCUCCCAGCUUAGUUCAGUGCUCUGCACACCGUGAAAGCCCAAUAAAUGCGAUUGAUUGAUUAAUUGAUUGAAAUGGUACUUGAAAUGGCCUGGUAGUAGAUGGGGCCCCCAGAGGGAGUGGAACACACUGGUACUAACUCUCUGCUCUCUUUCUGCAGACUUUGCUCCUUUUUAAUCACGGGCCAUCUAGACUCAUUCAAGAGCCAGCCCGCAGGGUUGCUUUUACAACCCCCUGCUGAGGCCCAAGCAUUGUUCAUUUCAAAGGUACAGUCCCUCUCCUCCUCUCCCUCCUGUCCUGGCAGUGCAGGCAGGAGGCUGCCUCUGAGCCCCUGCCCAAGGUCUGGUGCUCCACCAUGCAGGAUCGACCCCACUGAUCAGCUAUCAUGUGGGCUUUGUCCUCUAGUUUGUGUUUCCUCAUCCACCAGUAGGGGGUCGGGCAAUGCUCUGACUGCUGUUUUUUAAAAUGUAAUAUAUAAUUAAAUGCCCUGCCUGUCAACA